CUCUCACACUGUGGAGGCAACAUGAGGCUGAGGGCCGUGCUGCUGCUCGCUCUCGUAACGCACACAUUUGCUGAAGAUGAGUCCUGCAUGGGCCGCUGUGAAAAUGGUUUUGAUGCCUCUAAGACGUGCCAGUGUGACUCCAUGUGCAAGUAUUACAAGAGCUGCUGCUCUGACUAUGAGGUCACCUGUGGUAUGAUGACCCGUGGAGACACUUUUAUCUUCGCAGAGGAUGAUGAUGAUGUGUUUGACAGCACCACUCCAGCCCCUUCACCUCAUCAUCAUGGUCGGACUGCUCUGGGCCGUGGACCCAGACCCACACAGCAGUCUGUCCCGGAUUUCAGACCACAGGAUCCACUGGAGGUCACAUUACAAAUGACCAAACCACUGCAGGAGACGGGUCCCAUAGUAGCCAACAUGUUCAACAGACGGACCCCCCCCAUGCCACGGAGCGUCCUGGGUACAACAGAGGCUCCUGGGGCCGAAACAACAGCUGAGAUGACCACCACUGCCCCAGUCACCCCAGCCACCACAGCCGCCACACCACCAACCACGACUGAAGCCCCAGACCCUGAUGCUGAGGUCUGCAGUGGCCGGCCCUUCGACUCCUUCAUGCAGAUGAAGAACGGCUCCAUCUACGCCUUCAGAGGGGUGUAUUUUUUUGAACUGGACCAGAAGUCGGUGGUUCCUGGUUACCCAAAGCUCAUAAAGGAUGUGUGGGGUAUCAAGGGGCCAAUUGAUGCUGCCUUCACCAGAGUCAACUGUCAGGGGAAAACAUAUAUCUUCAAGGGAAACCAGUAUUGGAGGUUUGAUGAUGGGGUUCUGGAUGAAGACUAUCCUCGAGACAUCAGCGUGGGCUUUGACAAGAUUCCUGAUUAUGUGGAUGCUGCGUUUGCCCUCCCUGCACCAGGCCACAAUGGAAAAGAGAAGGCCUAUUUUUUUAAAGGUGAUCAGUAUUAUUCGUACGAGUUUCUGCACCAGCCGACCCAUGAGGAGUGUAUCGGCAUGUCUGAGAGGUCUCCAUCUACACUGUUCAGACGUUACACCGACGUUUACUCCAGAAACUAUGAACGUUUUUUCAGCGAGCUCUUCUCUGAAAUUCCUCAGCAUCAUGGAAAACACCACUUCAUUGACAAGGACUGGAAAGGCCUCAGGUCUCCUGUGAAUGCUGCCAUGGCAGGCAGGAUCUACGUCAGCCCUCUGAGGUUCCCACCAGCUCGUAAUGACUACCAGACUGACCAGCAGUGGGGUCGACAGCAAGACCAGCAGUAUGACCAGCAGUGGGGUCAGCAGUGGGGUCAGCAGCAGUGGGGUCAAAGGAGGCAGAGCCGUUCUCCUUUCUGGGACUCCAUGGCCGAGCGGGGAAUGGCCAUGGGCCAGGAGAUGGCAGAGCGGGGCAUGGAGAUGGGCUUGAGGCUGGCACAGAGAAGGAUGGAGAUGGAGGAGAGGCUCAGACAAGACUGGAGCAGAGGCUGGGAUCAAGACAUGGAUCAGGACAGACGGAGAGAUGGGUACAGGCAGAACAACAGAGGCAACUACGACAGCAGGAACGACAGGAACUUGUACUGGGACUUCAUCCAGAGGACUCAGCCCAUACAAAGUGUCUACUUCUUUAAAGGAGAUAAAUACUACAGAGUGGACCUCAGGAGUAAGAGAGUUGACCCCGGCGUCCCCCCAUACCCCAGGUCCAUCGCCAGGUACUGGCUGGGCUGUUCAGACCCCAUGGGGGCAGAGAAAUAGUAGUCUCCAAUAUUUAAGGUGCUUCAAAAUAGUAAAUUGGAUUAAAUGUGUGUUAAACAGAUGGUUCUUUUCAAGCAAAGAUGUAAGAAGUGUCAGAUCUGCUCUGUGUAAAAUGUGACUAACCAGCUUUUAGUAAAUACUGGAGAUCGAUGAAAGUCCAAAGACCGCUGUUCACAACAGAUAUGGACGUCAAAGUUCACACCGGGUUAUUAUCUAAUCCCUCCAAUGUUUACCCAUUUGUUCUAAACAUUAACUGACCUAUUUCACUGAACACAACAUAAAAUAAGUAGUGUUAAAGGUAAAGUUUUAUUUGUGGAGAGCUUGAUGAGAGAAAAACAUUUUGAUAAAGACAUGAUGAUUGCGUUUUAUGCAUUAUAUAUUCACAUCUUCCUUCUUAUUUUUUUUUUAAAGGGAGAGAUAGUUUAUUGUGAUUACAUUAAAAAAUAAAGUUUUAUGCAUCAAAAAUGCAUAAAAAAACAAAGUUUUAUGCAUCAAAAAUGACUACAUUCAAAGUGUGAAGUCUUGAAAUCCUGCUUUUGCUUUAAUUCUCUACAGUCACAAUACAGUCGCAGUAUAAUGUUAGAUUCAAGUAGCUUUUGUCAGUUUAACUGUACAUUGUGCACUGAUGAAGAGUAUGUUACGUUUGUUUUCAUGUCCUAUUGAACAACUGCUGUAUUUUCAUCCAUUACAAAUAAUAAAGUGGAUGAUUUCA